CAGUGUUCUCUGGAACACGAUGAAGCAAACAAUUCCGGGCAAGCUUGUCAAUUUAGUUGAUUAACGGGAUCCCGUGUGCUUGACGUUCAGUCAGGAUGUAUAUCUUCGUCGUGUGCUAUCUUCUGUGGAUAUCCGGGGUUUCUGGGGUCAAGAACAUCACACACGGGGUGGCGAGACACCUUAGGUCCAUUGGAUUCCCCGAGGGCAGCGGCAUGGGGAUAUUCUUCGCCCUUGGAGUGCCUAUUGAUAUCCCUGACAAAUCAGUGCUAUUUUCGAUGUACUUCGAAGCGAAUUACGGUCUUCCAGGUGAAUGGAAUUCCAGUUACUAUCUGGACGAACCUUAUUUAAAAAAACGUAGUCUGGAUCGACGAUUGGCUUAUGAUAUUCUUACAAAUAAAUUGGAAAGUUUCGGUUAUUCUGGAAAGAGUUGUCUAUUAAAAAUAAUCUGUGAAAUUGCCAACUAUCCUGUAACCAAUAACGGAGUGCUCGGCGAGGUGUUGCAAAUUUUAUUUACGCCAUCCUCUUCGCUGGAUGAGAAUCUACCGAGCGAGAUUACCGAUGCUGAGUACGUGAAAGACUGUAAUAAGCACUAUAAAAAAUGCCCUCAAAGUCCAUUAACCUUGAUAAAGCCAGCAUGA